UCGAAAAACAUACACAAAAAACACAAAAUGAAAUUAGUUAUUGUAUUGGCCGCCCUCUGCGCUGUUGCUUUGGCUCGUCCCGACGUCGAGACCGUCCGUCAAGAUUCCGAAGUAUUGCCUGAACAUUUCCAUUUUGGCUAUGAGACCAGUGACGGUUCAAAACACGAUGCCGAAGGUCAAUUAAAGAAUGUCGGUUCUGAUCAAGAAUCCCUCGUCGUACACGGUUCCUAUCAGUUCGUUGGUAAGGAUGGUCAAACCUACACCGUUAACUAUGUAGCCGACGAAAAAGGUUACCAACCACAAGGCGCUCACAUACCUAGCGCUGCUUAAGUUUUUCUUCGCAUAAUCUGCAGCAAAUA